AUGGCUCUGUUAGAGGUUAUACUGGCCGGCAGAGACUGCUUGGUGGCCGGAGACUCAUGCUCGAGUGAUGAGACUUGCAGUCCACGUCUGCGGACUCUGCGUCAGUGUGUGGCGGGCAAUGGCAGCGUGAAGCUGGGCCCCGGUGCCAGGAGCCAGUGUGCCAACGCAGUGUCUGCCCUGCUGGCCAGCCCCUUACAUGGAUGCCAGUGUAAACGGGGCAUGAAGAAGGAGAAGAACUGCCUGAGCAUAUACUGGAGCCUUCAUCAGUCCAUCAUACAUGGGCUCAACCUGGUGGAGAGUUACCCCUAUGAGACAGUGCAGAGGGAUUACGACUAUGUCCGGUUGGCUUCUAUUACAGCUGACUCUGAUGUUGGCAUGACAACUGUGAAUCGCUGCCUGGAUGCAGCCAAGGCUUGCAAUGUGGACGACUUGUGCCAGAAGCUCCGCACAGAAUAUGUCUCAGCUUGUAUCAAACCCACUGCCAAGUCGGGCCUGUGCAACCGGCCUAAAUGCAAUAAGGCUCUGCGCAGGUUCUUUGACCGCGUCCCCGCCGACUACACACACGAGCUGCUCUUCUGCCCCUGUACGGACACCGCCUGUGCAGAGCGUCGAAGGCAGACUAUUGUGCCCAGCUGCUCUUACGAAAGCCUGGAAAAACCCAACUGCAUUACACAGAUGAGGAUCUGCAAUGCUGACUAUGUGUGCAGGUCUCGCCUGGCACAGUUUCAGUACGACUGCGAACCCUCCGAAACGUCUCCAAAUGGCUGCAAGCAAGGGAACUAUGGAGCCUGUCUCCUCGCCUACACAGGGCUCAUAGGAAGUACAAUAACUCCCAACUAUGUCGACAACUCCACGUCCAGCGUGGCUCCAUGGUGCUCCUGCUCAGCCAGUGGGAGCCGGAGAGACGAGUGUGAUAACUUCCUGGGAUACUUCACCGACAACAUCUGUCUCCAGAACGCUCUUAUGACGUUUGGGAGUGAAUCAGACCAGCAGCCGACUCCCAGCCAGUCCAGUACACCCAGCCCUGACCACAGCAGCAGAGAAAACAGGAGCACUGCUUCUCCACAACAAACCGUAGAAACUAUGAGGAACAUCCUAGAUACCAUAAUACCAACACAGGCCUUGGGAAAUGAACUACUGGUGGGCCAGUCCACCCUGCCAUCCAACAGCCUCCCAAUCUCUGCUUCACCUCCCAGCCUAAUGCUUCAAGCUGCCUUCGGCCUUCUGUUGCUGCUCCUUCAUCUGCUGGACAAUGGACACUAAAGACUGCAGGGGUGCGUGCUGAGGACCCUCCUAUUACCAAACAGAUGGGAGGACCAGUGCAGUUCAGAGGAAAAUGGACCGUGCGGCAUUACUCCUCCUUCUAAAUAUGUACAGUGAUUCUGUUUUUCUAUUUUUGUGUCUCCGUGGU